AUGAGUUUGUUGCAUUCGAUGAAUUAAACUCCAGGUCCAGGUACCUAUCAAGCAGAAAAGUAUCGCUCUUAGGCCAGAAUCUCAUAUAGUAUGGCCAGGAAAUACGACAUAAAAGAUAGAAUGAAUGUUCCUGGACCAGGUACCUACAAGGGCAAGAGCUUUCUAGACGACAAAAAACCAAAUUCGUUUCCUCUAGCUAUGAAAGAUAACGUUUUAAUCAACAAGGAGAGACUUAAGACUCCAGGACCAGGUGUCUAUGAGUAAAAGACUCAACUUAGCAAAAUAGGCCACUUCAUUACUCCUGCUAGACCUAUAACCGAUAAAGGAGACAGAGCCACAAAUCCAGGACCAGGCACCUACACCCAAAUAGCUUAACUCUACAACAGAGGGAACAAUAUUGUAAUAGGAAAUGAGAGAGGUAGGGAGUAAGUUGAUAAGGAAAAGAACAGCAUUCCAGGGCCAGGGAUUUACAAACCGGAGGCUUAAAGAGCCAUAUACAAGAGCACUGGAAAUAUACCGAUUGGAAACGCUGCAAGGAAACCAUUGUUGCAUGAAUCUGCUCUUGCAAACCCCGGUCCUGGAAAUUACGAUCAAAGUAUAUUUAAAAAAGGCACCAAGGCUCCGGCAUAUGGUAUCGGUACUGGACCCAAAGAGGCAAUUGACUUUUCUACUGCUAAAACUAACCCUGGACCUGGGAUAUACAGUUAAGCUGUCAAAAGAACAAAAAUCGGAGCAGCCAUUGGUAAUGAUACUAGAUUCAAAGAAAAGCCUAGUGGAGUACCUGGACCAGGAUCAUAUGCUCUCAAAUCUUCCAUAGGUGCUGUUGCUGCCUAUCACGGAAUCAAUAGAUAAUGA